GAUACAUUUGUGAAUUUCAUGAUAGUUGGAUAUAUAUUUACCUAAUAAACCUUUUUUUAUUAGUCAAUAAUUAUGUAUAUAAUUUAUCCUAUGCUCAAUCAGGAAAGGAAAAGAAUCUCAUGAUUUGCAUGAAGAAAUUGUUGAGGAAUUGAAACAUACUCUUGAUGAGCAUAAUGUGCUGGUGAAAUCAUUUAGAAUGGCCGAAAAGAAAAUCCAUGAAGAAGGAUGUGUUGAGUUUAAGUUGAAGCUCAUAGGAAAGAGAGCAAAGGAUGGGAGAACCUACAAUCUACCUUCGGUAUCAGAGGUUGCAGCUUUGGUUGUCGACGAUUUUGAUUUGUCAUUGGGACAAAGAGAUAUUUUGGUCGAGACUUGCACUGGGAGGUUGCAACAGAUUAAUGAAUUACACCCUUCGUAUCUAGCGCUCCAAUAUCCACUUUUAUUUCCAUAUGGGGAAGAUGGAUUUAGAGAAGACAUACCGCUGUGUAAUAUAAAAUCGGAUCAAGCCGGAGGGAGAAAAGUGGUUAGCAUCAGACAGUUCCUUGCAUAUCGGUUGCACGAAAGAAAUACUGAAUUAUCCAUUACAUUGCGUGCUAAGAAAUUAUUUCAGCAAUAUGUUGUUGAUGGUUACACUCUGAUUGAAUCGAGCAGGUUAGCUAUAUUCGCAAUAAUCAAAAGCAAUUGAGGUGUGAAAUGUUUAAAGGAUUGAAUGAUGCUUUAUUGAGUGGUGACACAAAUCCUGCCACACAGGGGAAGCGCAUUAUACUCCCAUCUACAUUUGUUGGCGGAGCUAGAUAUAUGAUUCAAAACUAUCAAGAUGCAAUGGCCACAUGUAGAUGGAUGGGAUAUCCAGAUUUAUUUAUAACUUUCACGUGCAAUUCAAAAUGGCCAGAAAUACAGCGCUACCUUGAUGAACGGAAUCUCAAGCCAGAGGAUCGACCCGAUAUUAUUUGUCGAGUUUUUAAGAUGAAGUUGGAUGGUUUAAUCAAUGAUUUCCGUCGCAACAAGAUAUUUGGCACUGUAAGAGCAGUUAUAUACACCAUUGAGUUCCAAAAAUGUGGAUUGCCACAUGCCCACAUAUUGUUGUUUCUAGAGAAAAGUGAAGACCUAGCAACAACUGAUCACAUUGAUAAGAUCAUUUCAGCCGAAAUUCCUUGCAAGGAGAGCGAUCCUGAAUAUUUUAAUGUUGUGAAGGAGUUUAUGAUGCAUGGGCCGUGCGGAGAUGUGAGAAAGAAGUCUCCUUGCAUGGUAGAUGGUAGAUGCUCAAAACAUUUUCCGAAAAGAUUCGUGGAGCACACCACUUUGGAUGAAGAUGGGUAUCCCGUGUAUAGGAGAAGAUUUGAUGGGAGAACCAUUUCAAAAAAUGGAGCGGAGUUGGAUAACAGAUAUGUCGUGCCUCAUAAUAGAUAUUUAUUGCUAAAAUAUGCAGCGCAUAUGCAUGUGGAGUGGUGCAAUCAGUCUAGAUCUAUCAAAUAUUUAUUUAAACAUGUGAAUAAAGGAAAUGAUAGAAUCACUGCAACAUUCUACCAAAGUGCGAAUGGAGAACAUGCAGAUAAUAACGUGGAUGAAGUGAAAAUGUAUUAUGAUUGCAGAUAUAUUUCAUCAUGUGAGGCUGCAUGGAGAACUUUAGGAUUUGCAAUUCAGUACAGAAGUGUUGGGAUGGAGAGAUUGAGUUUUCACUUGCCUAAUGAACAAGUUGUUUAUUUUAACGACUUAGAGCCAAUAAAUGAAGUUCUUGAGAAGCCGAGUGUGAAAGAAAGCAUGUUUCUUGCUUGGUUCAAAGCAAAUGAGAUAUAUCCUGAAGCAAGAAACUUGACUUAUGCUGAGAUGCCAAUUAGAUUUGUAUGGAAGCAAUCUGCUAGAGAGUGGGUGCCAAGGAAAAGAAAUUUCGCUAUUGGAAGGCUAUUUUAUGUGCCACCAGCUUGCGGUGAAUUGUUCUAUCUUAGAGGUCUUUUGAAUGUUGUUCGUGGACCAACAAGUUUUGAAGAUAUAAAGAAGGUUGAUGGUGUCCAAUAUGACACAUUUCGUGAUGCUUGCUAUGCUCUAGGUCUACUAAACGAUGAUAAGGAGUAUAUAGAUGCAAUCAAAGAAGCAAGUUUUUGGGCAACAACACAUUGUUUACGUAAAUUGUUUGUUGCUCUAUUAAUUGCUGAUUGUUUAAGUAGACCAGAGGAGGUUUGGGAAAAAUGUUGGAUUUUUCUAUCCGAAGAUAUCCUCCACAAACAACGUGUGAUGCUUAAUCAUCCAGGUAUAUUUUUAUACUAUUUCCCACACAUUCAAAAUUUUAUUAUACAAAUGUAUUAUUGAUUUUAAUUGUUUAUUGUAGACCUUACAUUAUCAGAUGAAGAAUUGAAGAAUUAUGCUUUGUAUGAAAUUCAAAAGAUGUUACGUAGUUGUGGAAGGAGUUUAGAAGAAUUCCACUGCAUGCCAUGUCCUGAUAAUAGAUUUUUAUCCAAUAAUACCAAUCGGUUGGUAUAUGAUGAGUUGAAUUAUGACCGGGCAAAUUUGGUAGAGGAGCACAAACAUUUGUUGGGUAAUCUAACUGCAGAGCAAAGAAAUGUCUAUGAUAGGAUAAUGAAUGUGAUUGAUUCAAUUAGGGGUGGAGUCUUCUUUGUGUAUGGAUACGGUGGCACUGGAAAAACUUUCGUAUGGACGACUCUUUCUGCUGCUAUACGUUCUAGGGGAGAAAUAGUAUUGAAUGUUGCAUCGAGUGGAAUCGCAUCAUUGUUGCUUCCAGGAGGUCGAACUGCGCAUUCUCGGUUCAAGAUUCCAAUUCAUCCUAACGAAGAUUCUACGUGCAAUAUAAAACAAGGUAGUGCUCUUGCUGAACUUUUGGUCAAGUGUAAGCUUAUAAUUUGGGAUGAAGCUCCAAUGGUCCAUAAACAUUGCUUUGAAGCUUUAGACCGGACUCUGCGUGAUAUUUUGCGGUUUCAGAAUCCAAGAAGUCAUUAAUUGCCCUUUGGUGGAAAGACAAUAGUGUUUGGUGGAGAUUUCAGACAAAUCCUUCCUGUCAUACCUAAGGGGACGAGGCAAGAUAUUGUAAAUGCAUCCAUAAAUUCUUCCCAUUUGUGGCAACAUACAAAUGUCAUGCGUUUAACAAAGAAUUUGAGGCUUCUUCAUUUGCCAGCUGAUGACGAGUCAGAAUAUUUGAUCAAGUUUUCUGAAUGGAUUGCAAGCAUUGGAGAUGGCACCGUGGGAGGACCAAAUGAUGGGUUUGUGGACAUUGAGAUUCCAGAUGAGUUUUUGUUAAAAGAUUUCGAUGAUCCUAUAGCAAGAAUGGUUGAAUGCAUUUAUCCUUCCUUUGAUGCUAUUCAUGAAGAUCCCAUUUAUUUAGAAAAGAGAGCAAUAUUGGCACCCACUCUACAAGUUGUUGAUUCCAUCAAUGACUACAUGCUUUCUUUAAAUGGUUCUGAGAUGAAAACAUACCUUAGUUCUGAUAGCCCGUGUAAAUCAGAUUAAAAUCCUGACUUUUUAGCAGAUAUCCAUACUCCAGAAUUUCUGAAUGGAAUAAAAGCUUCAGGAAUACCAAAUCAUGAACUGCAACUUAAAGUUGGAACACCGGUGAUGCUAAUGAGGAACCUUGAUCAUUCUCAAGGGUUGUGCAAUGGGACUAGGAUGGUUAUUACCAGAUUAGGUAAGCAUAUUUUGGAAGCAAAAGUUUUGACAGGGUUGAGUGCAGGUGAGAAGGUAUUGAUACCGAGAAUGUCUUUGACUCCAUCUGAUGUGAGAUUGCCUUUCAAAUUUGAAAGAAGACAGUUUCCUUUGAUUGUUUCAUAUGCUAUGCCGAUAAAUAAGAGUCAAGGACAAUCGUUGUCCAAUGUUGGAUUAGUCUUGAAAAAACCUGUUUUCAGUCACGGUCAAUUAUAUGUUGCGCUUUCACGUGUCACUAAUCCUGCGGGUUUGAAAAUAGCUAUAUGUGACACAGAUGGGAAAAGUACA